AAGCUUACCAUGCUCGGCACUGUACAUUAUACGUAACAAUUCUCAGUGCCACCGUCGCGGUCUUUAUCGUAAUGCUUACACGUUGUAAGAACACAACGCAAAACUUAACAGUGCGAUUCUGUCUGUCAAUCGAGAUCGACGUUUCGCUCUCACAACUCAUAAGGCGAGAUAUCAAUUUAGUUACCUUGUUCGAUAGGUGAUGUAAAUGUGAUGGAAUCUAAUUGUAUUGUUUUUUUUACCUAAAACCGUGUUCCCAUUAUGUAUUACACUUCACAAUCUUUUCAACUAUCAUGUAUAUCAACAACGUAAAACAUACUGUUAACAAAUAUAUAUUGUUAGUGUUUAAUUCCAUUUUACUGUGAUCGCGGAUUGUGUAAAAUUAAAAAACGCAAUGGCCGAGGAAGGUGCAAAUGUGUCGGAGAAACUCGAGUAUCCAAAGGCGGUAGCCUUCAUCGUUAGCAAUGAAUUCUGCGAGAGAUUCUCUUUCUAUGGAAUUCGAACCGCCUUAACUAUAUACCUCCGAAACUACCUGAAUUAUGAAGAUUCUAUAACGACCACGAUAUUCCACGUUUUCGUCAUGUUGGCCUACUUCUUCCCCGUGUUUGGAGCGAUAUUGGCAGAUUCGUGGUUAGGGAAAUUUAACACGAUCUUCUACUUGAGCAUAGUUUAUGCUAUAGGACAAAUUCUUUUAACUCUAAGCGCUGCACCCAUUAUAGGGCUACCGCCACGAGAAUUUUCAUUGAUUGGUCUAUUCCUUAUAACCAUUGGAACAGGCGGUAUAAAAACUUGCGUGGCUGCAUUUGGUGGUGACCAAUUCGUCUUGCCACAACAAGAACGAUACCUGUCCACAUUCUUCUCCAUCUUUUACUUUUCUAUAAAUGCUGGUUCCUUGAUUUCAAGCUUCCUAACGCCAUUGCUUCGUAGCGAAGUCUCCUGUUUCGGAGGCGACUGUUAUUCCUUGGCGUUUCUUGUUCCAGCGGUUCUCAUGAUUAUAUCGAUUCUGAUAUUUGUUUUCGGCAAACCUAUGUACAGAAUAUUACAACCAAAGGGCAACGUGGUGGUAGACGUUUCCAAAUGUGUUGCCCAUGCCAUUAGUAGAAAGAUAAAUCCAAGGGGAGCGAAAAGAGAGCAUUGGCUCGAUUACGCGGAUGACGAGUACGACAAAAGGUUGAUAAGGGAUAUCAAGGGAGCAAUUCAAGUUAUGAAAUUGUUCCUACCGAUACCAAUAUUUUGGGCACUGUUUGAUCAGCAAGGUACUCGAUGGACUAUUCAAGCUACCAGGAUGACCGGACAAAUCGGAAGUUUCACGAUCCAACCGGAUCAAAUGCAAGUGGUUAAUCCAUUGCUGGUGCUCGCUUUCAUUCCUCUAUUCGAAGCCUUUAUUUACCCGGUUCUGAAUAAAAUUGGUAUUCACACUCCGCUCAGAAAGCUCACUGUCGGUGGUGUGUUGGCUGCGUUGUCGUUCGUUGCAUCGGCUCUCGUUGAGUUUGAACUUGAGAAAACAGAUCCAAUUCUGCCCUCGAAUGGCUUAGCUCAGCUACGAAUUUUCAAUACGUUAAAUUGUCCUGUGGACUUACAAUUAAAUUCUACAGACAAUUUCAUUAUUAAAAAUUUGGAUAUGUAUGAAAACAGAGAAAUCGCAGCAAAUGGUGUUAUGGAAUUAAGUUACAAAACAAAUUUUGCAAACUGUUUCGAUAUCCCCAAUACAGAAGGAACAAUCACGGUAAAGGAAGCAGUGGCAAAUUCUUGGGUAAUUACACCCAAUGGUUUAACUGUGAACUAUGAUGACAACGUUGAAAAAUCAAAGAGCGGUAGAUCGUUAGUACGCGGUCUGAUCUACAAAAGCAAUUCUGUCGUUACGCUGGAAUCUGUGAAGAAGACAUACACGUUAAACAUAUCUGAUGCUUUGUCUCCUGUGCCGCUACCUGUAGAGGUUGAUCCAGAAACCUAUGAUAUUCGUAUAGAUUCUAAAGUUGUUUCCAAAGUAGAGUUUAAAAUUGGUGGAGUCUACACAUUGGUCGGAUCUGUUAUGGGAGGUAGUGCAGCUGCUAAUGUUGUAACCGUGACAACACCGAAUUCGAUGCACAUGUUAUGGAUGAUACCUCAAUAUGUAAUCAUCACAAUGGGCGAAAUUAUGUUCUCGGUGACAGGAUUAGAAUUUGCCUUCACUCAAGCGCCUAUCAGUAUGAAAGCUUUGUUGCAAGCUACCUGGUUACUUACAACCGCGUUCGGGAAUCUAAUUGUAGUUAUUAUAGUUCUUGCUGGAAGUUCAUCAGUCUUUAGUCGAAUGUUUUACGAAUUCCUUUUAUUCGCUGGACUCAUGUUCGUCUCUAUGAUCAUCUUCGCCAUAAUGGCAACAUUCUAUAAAUACGUUGAUCCGCCCGAAGAAGAACCUGUCACCGAAGAGAUAGACUUGAAGUGUGGAAACAUUAAUAUGUCUUAUAAAGACGACGAAAAGUGAUCUGGUUAUUGUAAAAAUAAGAUUACAAUUCACAAAUAACUUUGGCGUUUUGUAAUACCUGAAAUUCGACUUCGCUUUUGUGUCGCUCACAUUUUCAUUUUAUUUAUAAAAAAUAUCGGGUAGAGUUCGAUAGUUAAAACGAAUACAAAAGUUACUCGCAUUCAUGCAAAUAAUGUAAAUUUUAACUUGUAUAAGCAAAAAAAAAUAUA